UAAAUAGAUAAGUGAAUUUUGUGAAUAUAGUGAAAAAAAAGUAAAAUUUCAAAAUUUUCAACAUAAUAAAUUAAUUAGAUUUUAAGACAUCGAACGGAUUAUUACUAUAUAGUGGAUACCUAAUUGGUGUAAUAAGAAUUAUAUAAAUACAAAAAUAACCAAACCUUCGAAAUAAAAAAAAAUUUAAAAAUUAAAAAAAAAAUUCUUCAAUUCUAAAUGAAAUGAAAUGAAAAUUAAUACUUAAAUUGAAUUCCAAUAAAAAAAGUAAAAUCAAAAUAAAAGGAUCAAACACAAAAAAAAAGUUUUAUCAAAUAAAAAUACAAAAACAAAAAAUAAAACUCAAAAGGACCAACAAAAUGUAACCGCAAUGCUGAGUAAGAAAAAAUCAACUAAACGAAUCGCAUUUGAAUUUGCUGAAGAAUCGAGUAUAACGAGAGUGUGAGGUUAAACAACAACAUCAAAAAAGACGGAAAUCCAGGCUAGAAAGACGACAUUCAUUCAAGAUGACUGAUGAUCAAACGCCCAGCGAUGACAAAGUUGCCAAACAGCAAGUUGUUGCCUACACUCAAAAGUCUCAGAUUAAACAUGAAAAUCGCCAUAUACAGUUGGUACGCGAAUAUGGAUUCCAUCCGAGGACGAAGGCCACUGUGGAAGAUGGCGAUGUCCUGCCGAGAAAAUUCGAACCAUUUCCUGAGAAUAUGUACGGCAAACCUCUGGAGGAAAUCGAUAAUUUUAUCUAUGAAGAGACCUUUUGUGUGGUGUCAAAGCGAUUUCGGAAAAACUACAUUCAUCGGUUUACCGGAACUAAGAGCCUUUUCCUGUUUCAUCCUUGGAGUCGUGGUCGACGUGUAUGUGUGUACAUAGCGACGAAUCAAUAUUUUGAUUACUGUGUGAUGGCUACAAUACUUUUCAACUGUAUUUUUUUAGCCAGAACAGAAACAUCCGAAGAAGCAGAAUACAUCUUCCUCGCUAUUUACUCCCUUGAGAUGUUCAUCAAAAUCAUUGCUAAAGGCUUCCUACUUAACAAAUACACAUACUUAAGGAAUCCAUGGAAUUGGCUGGAUUUUAUUGUAAUAACUAGCGGCUAUGCCACCAUCGGAAUGGAGGUUGGCAAUUUAGCCGGUUUGAGAACAUUUCGUGUACUGAGAGCAUUAAAGACUGUUUCCAUUAUGCCGGGCCUUAAAACUAUUAUAAAUGCGUUAUUGCAUUCAUUUCGACAGUUGGCCGAAGUAAUGACACUAACGAUAUUUUGUUUAAUGGUUUUUGCACUAUUUGCCCUACAGGUAUAUAUGGGCGAACUUAGGAAUAAAUGCGUAAAAAAUCUUCCAGACGACUGGGUCAAUUUAACAAGUGCAGAAUGGAAAAGUUGGGUGAAUGAUACAGAAAAUUGGCUGUACGAUCUCGAAGAGUUGCCAAUGCUAUGUGGAAAUCUCACUGGAGCCAGGCACUGCCCAACAGGAUACACGUGCCUUUGUGUGGGUGAAAAUCCCAACCAUGGAUACACAAAUUUUGAUAAUUUUAUGUGGUCCAUGCUAACGACUUUUCAAUUGAUCACCCUCGAUUAUUGGGAGAAUGUCUAUAACAUGGUACUUGCUACAUCAGGACCCAUGAGUGUAUCGUUUUUUACAGUGGUUGUAUUUUUUGGCUCAUUUUAUUUAAUUAAUUUGAUGUUAGCCGUAGUAGCGUUAAGUUACGAGGAAGAAGCCGAAAUAACAAACGAAGAACGAAAAAAAGACUUAUUGGAUCAUCGUGAAGAUUCAACUUUUAGCUUCGACCCGUCCAUAUUAAAUGUAAAAAAACUAAACAAAAACUACAAAAAGAAAAUCGACUCACGGAAGGGUGUACUCCUGGCACAAUACAGUAAAAAAAAGACACGUCGGAAAAAGAAGGGUAAAGAUGGUGCUCCUAACGAAAAUGGAAAUGGCCAAAGUCAAAGCCGUUCGGUGACCCCAAGUCCGAGCCCGAGUCCUCGACAUAGCACCGACCGGCCGCAGGCGUUGAAUAUUCCAAAUCAACGUCCUCGGGGUAUCUCAUUUCAAGAUGAGCAGAACAAGAAUCCAAACAUGUUAUACCCCUCAGACUACAAAGGUCAAUUACUACCUGGCAGUCGACAGGCCAGUUCAAAUGCCAGCGAAGGUGGCGGAGUGAAUCGAGAAUCCUCAUUGGAUGAUUCUGGUGUCGUGGACGAUCAUGAGGAACAGGACACAGGUAAUGAAAUGGUGAACACAUCAGCGGUGGAGUUACAAUCCGAUUUAACUCCGGUUACACUUGCCUUAUCACCGCGCGAGGUUCGUUUAAUUAAGUGCAAUGGAAAUAUUGCACGCAUUAAGAAGCAUAACAUUUAUGCUUUGCAUCAAGAAUUUUCCUCGGAAAUAGUUGUUAUAGAUGAUCUUCCUGAUCGAAAUUGUGAUAGAUGUGUUCAAUGUUGCGUUGACUACGAGGGUUGGCUGCAAUUUCAAAAUUGUUUAUAUAAAAUUGUUAGAGAUCCAUUAUUUGAAUUAGCAAUAACUUUGUGUAUAGUACUGAAUACCAUGUUUCUAGCCAUGGAACACCACGGAAUGAGUGAGAGCUUUCGACAAGCAUUAGAUAUAGGAAAUAAGGUUUUUACUUCAAUAUUUACGUUCGAAUGUAUUGUUAAGCUGUUGGCGUUAUCGAAAGAAUUUUUUCUUUGUGGUUGGAAUAUUUUUGAUUUAAUUAUUGUAACAGCCAGUCUACUGGAUAUUAUUUUCGAACUAGUUGAUGGUUUAAGUGUGUUACGAGGACUGAGAUUGCUGCGAGUUUUAAAACUCGCCCAAUCAUGGACAACAAUGAAGGUCCUCUUGAGUAUCAUUAUAUCGACCAUUGGUGCACUGGGAAAUCUUACACUUAUUUUAGUUAUAGUCAUUUAUAUAUUCGCUGUGAUUGGUAUGCAAUUAUUUUCAAAGGAUUAUACGCCAGAAAAAUUCGAUCCUGAUCCUGUGCCAAGGUGGAAUUUUAACGAUUUUUUUCAUUCAUUUAUGAUGAUUUUUCGAAUUUUAUGUGGUGAAUGGAUUGAACCUUUAUGGGAUUGCAUGAGAGCUGAAGAAGAGCAAGGAGCAUCAACGUGCUUCGCAAUUUUCCUUCCAACUCUGGUGAUGGGUAAUUUCAUGGUGCUAAAUUUGUUCUUGGCCUUGUUGCUCAAUAGUUUCAAUUCGGAGGAAUUGAAAUCGAAAAAAGAGAUUUUCAAGAAAAAGGAAGUUGGAGAAGAAUCGAAACUUGCACGGAGUAUAGAACGAGUGAGAGAUUUAAUAAGAAGAAAACGACAAGCUAGAAAGGAGAAAAAGGAACUCAAAUAUGCCACAAAAUUUGAGCAGGUUGUGAGAGAAGCUCAAGUGGCAUCUGUUAAACAAACAGAAUCAGAAACAAAAUUCCAUAGGUUAAGUUAUCAAGAAUCAAUGAAUCGUCCCGUCUCGGGGUCAGAUUUCGGGUUUCAAAUUCCAUUGAGAGAAGGUCUACAUACUAUCAUCGAUGGUGGUGAAUACGAAGAAGAAUAUAAAGAAGGCGAUGAAAAUAUCUGCCUAAAUGAUGACAAUAAUCAAAAAAACGAUUACACCCUAUAUCCUCAUGUAGAAAGAAAGUUACUACAUCAAGUGUCUUCCGGUUUUGGUACCCAACAGAACGACAGCCGUGACGAACCAACGUUCACCGAAUCCAUAGAGCUGCGUCUGAUGGGCCAGUACAAUUCAACAGAUACCGACCCAGGUGACCAGCAGAGUGUUAUAUUUCAACGUGCUGAUUCGUUACGCCAACACGACGAGGCUUACCUUCAGUAUCAGAAAUCCCUGCUAACUAGAUCGCCAAGUUAUCGCAAAUCACUCGAUCGUCUAUCACAAUCGAGUGAAACAUCACAAAGAUCACUUAUACCAUCGAGGAGUAAGUCUGAAGAUGAAAACAUUCAGAAUUACGAUCGUAUGACCAUUAAACGAGUGUCCAGUGGACAUUCGUUGAAUACCAUCUCCAUAGAACAAGAUGAUUAUAUGCAUCAGGGGAAUCUGCGGGACGAACUGCUUAAUUGCGAUCAAAAAGAGUUGUUUCAGUUCCUGCAGGACGAUGUUGACAAUAGUAAUAAUUACUUCAGUGAGACUGUUGGCUAUGGCAGCGCAGUGAUCGAGACUGAGACCGAUAGUCUGAUAUUGGACGCCAAAAAAGAUGCGAGCAUUUUUUCACCGCCACGAAAGACUUCAUCAAGUAGUCUUAAGUCGAAUCUUAGUUAUAUUUCAAAUUCUAUUUUGCAUCAAAUUGAACAAAGGCGCAAUGGAAGUAUCUGUGAGUCGAUCGAUAAGGUAUUCGGUCGAUCUGAAUCUCAGGGAAUCUUCAACGGUAGUGCCAAUGGUGAUGAUUCACAUGACCAAUUGCCUCUUGUCGGCAAUUCGGAAUUUGAUAACAUCAUUCAGAGUUUCGAGAAAGAAUUGGAAGAAAUCAAAAAAUCAACGACAUCUCUGGAACGAAGACUAUCAAAUCUGUCCGAACCAUCGCCGGCUGCAGAUGAAUGCAAUAAGGAUAUACUCGAUCACAUCGCUGCCAUAGAAGCUGAUCACGCUAACUACGAAGUAGCUUUUGUACAGCGACGUCAUCACCCUAAUUCUCAUGUUGAUCGUAAUUCGGUUAAGAUCAAACGUCGUAGUCUUGAAAAACAACGAAAAAUCGACGAAGACUUUAGUAUCUCGAAUGAGAUUCGUAAAAUCUGUGAUCAGAUGCAUGCACCGUUUGCCGAAGUUGGCAGUACAUCGCCAUUUCUUCGGCGAAAAAACGAUCUGUUCAGUGCACAAUUUGAUCGUUUCAAACGUUUAAGUCUGAUCGAACGUGUUGACGAACUUCCUGAGGAUGAAAAGUUUGCGAUUCGUAUCGAAAGUGAAAAACUCCCUCGCAAAUGUUUAACUGCCGAUCUGAAAAUUGACAGUCUAUCGCUCAAAAGUACCAAUAGCUAUGAAAACCUUCUCAUACAAAAGCAACGAAAUCAACUACAAUCAGAAAUCAUUGAACAACAACAACACCAACAAACUCAAAGAGUCGUGCCACCAACUCCACCACAAUCAUUGAAAUCGAUUACACCACAGAAAAAAAUGAAAACGCCCCACCCAAAGGCUGGUGACUUCAAAAUGGAAGGCUUUAAAGUGCAUCCACAACCUUUCGACAAGACCACCUCAAUAAGCUUAAGCAAUCAAUGCGAUUAUACGUCUGGGGCAAAUGAGGAAGACAAACCUACCACCAUGACGGGACAGAAGUCCACCUUUACGAGACUAACAGAAAAACCAUGGCAUUGUUUGGUCUCCUACGUGGACGAUCUUACCGUUGGUGGGAGACGUAACUCGCAGGGAGCAUACAAUGAUCCCAUGUCUUUUCCCAGUUUUGGCACUGUAAAGCCGCCAAAGGUGCCACAGGACUGUUUCCCACAGAAGUGUUACGAUCAUUUAUUUUUUCGAUGUCCUUGCUUUAUGUCCUGCAUGGAUACGAAAUGGGCAAAAAAUUGGACCCAAGUGAGGACGGCAGUCUUGACGGUUGUAGAUACCCCAGCCUUUGAGUGGUUUGUUCUGGUGCUUAUAUUUGCAUCCAGUAUAACAUUAUGCUUCGAGGACAUCUACUUGGACAACAAUAAAACAUUGAAAAGAAUACUGUAUUGGACGAAUUUUUCGUUCUGUAUAAUAUUCGUCAUUGAAAUGGUGUUGAAGUGGUUGGCACUUGGUUUUUCCAAGUAUUUCACGAGUUUUUGGACGAUAUUGGAUUUCAUUAUUGUUUUUGUUUCUGUGUUUUCCCUGCUCAUCGAAGAAAAUGAAAAUUUAAAAGUACUACGAUCACUUCGAACACUUCGUGCAUUGAGACCGCUUAGAGCGAUUUCCAGGUGGCAGGGAAUGCGAAUUGUAGUAAAUGCUCUCAUGUAUGCCAUUCCAUCAAUUUUCAAUGUCCUCUUAGUUUGUUUAGUUUUUUGGCUCAUAUUCUCCAUUAUGGGUGUACAGUUUUUUGGUGGUAAAUUUUUCAAAUGUAUCGAUGAUGAUGGUGAACUAUUGCCAAUAACGGAAGUCAAUGAUAAAUGGGAUUGCAUUGAACAGAAUUACUCGUGGAUCAAUUCGAAAAUAACCUUCGAUCAUGUGGGAAUGGGCUAUCUAGCUUUGCUUCAAGUCGCAACCUUCGAAGGUUGGAUGGAAGUUAUGGCCGAUGCAGUAGAUGCCAGAGGUAUUGAUUUGCAACCGCAACGAGAAGCCAAUCUAUAUGCGUAUAUCUACUUCGUUAUCUUCAUCGUGUGUGGAUCAUUCUUCACUCUCAAUCUGUUUAUCGGAGUAAUAAUCGAUAACUUCAAUAUGCUAAAAAAGAAGUAUGAAGGUGGAGUGUUAGAAAUGUUCUUAACUGAAUCGCAAAAGCACUACUACACCGCAAUGAAGAAACUAGGACGCAAAAAACCCCAAAAAGUAAUCAAGCGACCGUUCAAUCAUUUUUUAGCAAUGUUCUACGACUUAUCUAACUCAAGAAGAUUCGAAAUCGCGAUUUUCGUGUUGAUCUUCCUGAACAUGCUAACAAUGGGCAUUGAGCAUUAUAAUCAGCCUCAUGCCGUGUUUUUCAUCUUAGAGGUUAGCAAUGCAUUUUUUACUACCGUCUUCGGAUUGGAGGCCAUAGUGAAGAUCAUCGGACUGCGUUAUCACUACUUCACCGUGCCGUGGAACGUGUUCGAUUUCCUCCUCGUUUUAGCCUCCAUAUUCGGAAUACUGAUGGAAGACAUCAUGAUCGAUUUGCCAAUUAGCCCAACUCUUCUAAGAGUGGUGCGUGUAUUUCGUAUUGGUCGCAUAUUGCGUCUUAUCAAAGCCGCUAAGGGUAUUCGUAAGUUGCUAUUUGCGUUAGUUGUUUCCCUGCCUGCUCUCUUCAACAUCGGCGCUCUAUUGGGCUUGAUCACCUUCAUCUAUGCCAUUCUUGGAAUGUCCUUAUUCGGGCAUGUCAAACUUCAGGGAGCACUCGAUGAUAUGGUGAAUUUCCAGACAUUCGGUCGGAGUAUGCAGUUGUUAUUUCGUCUAAUGACUUCAGCCGGAUGGAAUGAUGUAUUGGAAUCGUUAAUGAUCCAACCGCCAGACUGUGAUCCAUAUUUCAAUCGUCAGACAAAUGGAGACUGUGGCCAUCCACUGUUGGCUAUAACUUACUUUACUAGCUUCAUUAUAAUCAGUUAUAUGAUUGUAAUUAAUAUGUACAUAGCUAUUAUAUUGGAGAACUUUAAUCAGGCUCAUCAAGAGGAAGAAAUUGGAAUAGUUGAGGACGAUUUGGAGAUGUUCUAUAUUCGUUGGUCAAAAUACGAUCCACAUGCCACACAAUUCAUCCAUUUCUCCCAGCUCUCUGAUUUCAUCGCCUCCUUAGAUCCUCCUCUAGGAAUCUCCAAGCCAAACACUGUAGCAUUAGUAUCAUUCAAUCUGCCAAUCUCAAAAGGUAACAAGAUUCACUGUUUGGAUAUACUACAUGCUUUAGUGAAGCACGUACUGGGCCAUGUUGAGGAGACCGAUAACUUCAAGCAGCUUCAGGAGCAAAUGGAUGUUAAAUUUAAAAAACAAUUCCCCACUCGUAAGGAAUUGGAAAUUGUGUCGUCAACAAGGAUCUGGAAAAGACAAGAGAAAGCCGCCAAACUUAUUCAGACAACAUGGAAGGAAUAUCAAAGAGUGAAGAAAGAAAAAGAACGUUCAGUUAAUUCAGGAGACGAUGAUGGCACGCAAUCUUCUAGUCCCGGUGGAUGGCAUGCGAAAUUGUCAGCGCUGAAUUUUUUUCAUUUACAGGUCAGCCGUCGAGGUACACAAUGCUCAAGUCGAGCUUCGUCAAGAAAAUCAUCUCGUGCUUCGGAUGCUUCUGAUCUGAGUGAACUUGCUGGUCCAUGGUUAAAUUUACCAUUAAUGUUAGUUUCUGGAGCUGAUGAUGUAAUGAAAGACAUUAAACAACAAAAUGAUGAUAUUGGAAAGCGUGGUAGCAUAUUUGUGGAAGCCCCGCGUGCCAAUCGUCGCCGAAGUUUCUAUAAUUUCUUUUUACGCCAUCAAGAUGCCGUCGAUGAUAGUUUAACUUCACCAUCUGUACAUAGAAAAAGCAUAACACCGACAACGACCGACGAAAAAACGAUCAUAGCGCCAACGCCAACACGGAAACGUGCAACGAGCUUUAUACGCAAAAAACCACCGUUAGAAAGAGGUUUGUCAGCACAAAGCGCUUUAAGAGUUAACAAAAAUGCUUUUGUCUCCGAUGGACCAUCGGAAGUGAGUAUUUUGGUGACAAAGCCAUCACCGGAAGCACCAACGGGACCAUCAUUAAGACCGGAUAAUUCAACAUUGGUACAUGUAUUAGUUCAUAGGGAGAGCGAAGAAUAUAAAACGGAGACCGACGAUGAAGAGUUUACACCAAUAGAUAAAAUUCAUAGAGCACCACAAAUAAAAAUCAGUCCUGGCUCUGAUGAUUUUUCUUCGGACGAUAUGGGACCCUAUUCAGGUGUUCAAAUAAAUGUUGAAAGUCCUAAAGAUCCACCACAAGGAGACUUUACUUCUCAACUAACAUCAGCAUUAGAAAUGUAUCCUCCUCAACCAACUGAAUCCAGUAGUAGCAGAUCAAUAAUAAAUGAUGAUGUUAUAAUUGAUGUUAGUGAACCAAUUGAUGUUAAUAUUCAAGGUGAUACAUCACAAAUAUUUUACGAUUAUAAAGAAGAAACAGACGACCAACAACAGGAUAUAUCAUCACCAUCAUCAGAUAAAGACUUUAACGAAACAAUAAAACGUCAAAGUCCACAAGGCGAUGAAAUUCUUAUACUAGAAGAUAAUGAUAAUGAACAAUUUGAUAGCAGCAAUAGGUGACCAUUAGUGAGAAAUGAGAAUGAUCAAAAGUCUAUAGAUAAAGCAGAUGAAAAACAAAGUUGACAAUCUUUAACUUGAGUAUUGUUUUGGUUGAUGAGAGUAGUGAGCUCUAAAGCAAUACACAAAGUAAUAAUGGUUCACUUGCAAAUACGAAUAACAACAAUAAAUAUAAUAAAUCUAAAUCAUCCUUCUAUAACUACUUAUAUAAUAACUUCGUCAUUUAUAUACCAGUGUGUGUUAAGUAAAUAGCUACCGAAUUUCCUGUAAAUUUUGAAAGGUUCAGGGUAUUUGAAAAGUGUAAAUUAAAUUUAAGUUUAAAAAAAAAAGUCUUAAUUGUAAAACUGAUAGCAUAAGAUCGAAAUUUCAUUCAUAAAAAAUUGGAGCAAAUUAGAGUGUUUAUUUUACGUCUUACAAAACUUUGUACGAAGUUCCUGUUGCUAUUUAUAUCUGUCAAACUGCAUACAAAGU